CUUCCUCAAGUGACCUUCGAGAAAAACUGGGAAAGAAGAGGCGAAAUUUGCAAGAAACGCUGGGAGGAAACAAAAAAGAUGACCUCCAGGACACUGCAGGCAGAGAGGAAGACUCAGGAGAGACUCUGAAACGCUCACUGAGGGCUCAGAAGCAGAGGCGAAGGAGAAAACUGAUUGAGCAGUCUUCAGUCAAGGAGUGUCAACAUGAUGAUGAAGAUGUAGAGGAGCUUUCUACUGUUCAGCACCUUAAUGUAAACGAGGAACCAGCUCAGAGGACAGUGGUUUCAAGGCCUCCAUCUGCUUCUCACAGAGGCUACUCUUUAAAACCUCUGCAUGUCUCCAGCUCUCAAAAGUUAGACUGUUCUAUGAGACGACACUUGGAGGAGAAGCUCGGGACAGCGAGGGCGGAGAACUUCCUUCAGCAGGAAGAGGAGGUCUCUGCAGACCCAGCCAGCGUUCUCCAGAGCCUCAGAGGCAAAGACAGGACAACACGAUUUGACAGAGAGACAGAUUCUGUCAAAGCAGAAGAUGAUGAUGUUCCUGCAUCUUUGAGCACCAAGGUGAAGUUCAAAGAGGCUGCAAAAAGAGUAGGGCAGGGCCUCCCAACUCCAAAGGAGGCUUAUGAUUUCUUUACGUUUAAUUUUGAGUCCGAACCAGCGGAGGACACAGAGGAACUUAGCUGGAAAAACCGUGAACAGAAAGAAGGGACUGAUGAGCCCAGAGAUGAAGAUGAAGAAGAACAUCAGCCUGAAGAAACUCGGCUCUAUCCUAACGGAGAGGAUUUCUUCAUCGUUGAUCAAUCGGCGUGGGAUUUCCUGGAGACGGCGAAGGCGGAAUAUGUUGGGAUCCGAAAGCGAGCUGAGCGAGACAGUAAGCUCCUGUUUACACCGAGCUUUCGAAAAGCUCCAACUUCUGUGAAACUUUCUGAGAAAGUAAAGCCUCGCUAUAUUGAGGAUGAGGGUCUCUAUGUGGGGAAAAGGCCCUCUGUGUCCCUCACCAAUGAGGCCAUCCUCGAGAAUCGUCUGUUAAAAAUGGAGGAGGGGCUGGAGUGGUUUGGUGACGACGGCAAGAUUUUGGCUUUGCCUGACCCCAUAAAGGAAUCAUCCACAAGACCUCGUGUCUUCAGCAUGAAGGAGGACCUGCCUCCUGGCUUACAGACGGUGUUUAGGAAGGCACAGAAGUAUGAUGGAGACCCUGAGAGAGUUUAUCAGCUUGAUGUGGAAGUUCUUGGCUUGAUCUUCUCCCAUCACCCACUCUUCAGUCGAGAACAUGUCCUAACAUCCCGACUGUGUCAGCUUUAUGACCAGUACCUUACUAGGCAGCAGAAUGAUCUCACCAGGCAUCUCACUGACAAGUUGAAUGGUUUACGGAAUGUCCUUGGAAAUAUGAUGAAGAUCCACAGAGAGAAAAGCCUCACCCCGAGUCUCCAGCAGAGAAUAUCCGAGUACAGUCUGGAAGUUAGGAACACUCGGCAGCUGCGAGACUCAGAGCAAGAGAAGGACAGGACUUUGCUAAAGAAGAUCAUCAAAGUGUGGAAUGAGAUCAAGGCCCUGAGAGAGUUUCAGAAGUUCACCAGCACGCCUUAUAAACUCUUCCUCAGAAGAGAGAAUGUGGAUCGAGCAUCAGAUCAGCAAAUAUAUGAAGAGGAGAUCUUAGCAGAAGUGAUGGAACUGGAGGUAGAGAAGGAGCAGGACUAUCAGAGAAGCCUGGCUGAGUACAGAAAAGAGCUGGAGGAGUGGAAGCUCUGGAGGAGGAAGAAGAAAGCAAAAGGAAAAAAGAAGGAGAAAAGAAAGGAACAGGACGACCCCACAGAGGAAGAGGAUGAAGAGCAGCAAGGGAGUAAACUGGAAGGGCCCUCUGAAGACCUUCCAAACCCACAGCCUCCAGAAAGACCAGACUUUGAUGCAAUCGAGCAGCAAGUAAGAGAAAAAGCGGCGAAGAUCCGCAGGAAACCAGGAGAGGCCAUUCUGAUCCCUGUGCUGUCUGCAUCUGGAAACAUCACCGACAGUGAACUCUGCCCCAGGGUUGAAAUCUCCCGGAGACAGGGAGUUCUCAGACACUCCCUCUUCAUCAAGAUUCUGUACAACGGCAAAAUAGUUUCCAGAACAGAAAGCCGUCCACUCGGCACCGACUUCAGGGUGUAUUUUGGUCAAAUUUUCAAUCUGAAGAUAAAAAACUGUCCACAGAGCAUUAACCUGGAGGUCUUUGAGGACACCGGAUCUUCCUGUUCCCUCCUAGCUCAGGUCUAUGUCCCGGUGCCUGAGCCCUCAGUCGUGACGAGCGGCACUCCCUUGGAAGACUUUGAGUUCAGCAGCGAUCAAAGAGUGAUGUUUGACCACGAGGGGGUUGGAAGUGACGUGCCACUCUCCUUUGAGGCCGACGGCAGCAACAAAGUGAUACUGUUGACCUCUGGGAUGCUGACGUGCUGCGUGUCGUGGGGGAUCGGAGACAACGGUGUGCCACUCGCUCCCACUGCUUCACUGCACCCUGGUGUUAGGCACAGCGGCUUGGGUCACGUGGAUGCUGUCACAAGCAUCGGAGCGUCUGGACUGCACGACAUGAAAAGAAUAGGGGAGUGGGCCAAACAGUCCCGGCUGGACCCCAACGACCCCAAAAACGCCUCUGUCAGGCAGCUCCUGGAAGUAGCCAGCAGUGGAGAGGUAACAGCUCCGGAGUACUUCCGCCUGGAACAUCUACAGGAGGAGUUUAAUUUUGUAACUGAUGAAGAGCUGGACAAAUCCAAAAGGUUCCGCCUGCUCAGGCUGAGGAACCAGGGGGUCAAAGAGUUUCGUAACUACAAAUUUAUCCCUGCUUAUGAGCAUGAGAUCCCAGACAAUGUGUUCGAGGAAUAUGAAAGAAGAUUAAAAGAUGAAGAGACAGUCGACACCAGAGAACACUUGGAAUCGCAUCGAGCUUUACUGGUCAACUACCUGCAGAAGAUCCAAGAAUCCAUCACAAAUCGGUUGGUUCUUGCCAAAAAUCGCUUCAUCCUCUCUGAUUUAGUGGUUGAAGAUGAGAUACAGAGCAACAGGAUUCUUGGAAUCAACCUGUUCAAGCUUACUGAACCCAAGAGGCCCAAGCCUCAAAGGAAGAAAAGAGAGAAGGUGACAGCACAGAAUUUAUCCGACAGAGACGUCAAACUGCUUGUCAAAAUCAUCCGAGCCUGUGACAUCCCCGUCCGCAGAUCCCAGAGCGAGAAAGCUGGACAACCCUCUCAGCGUGCCAUCCACAGCAACGACUGGUCCCUCCACCAGGUUCAAGUCAGGCCGUUCGUGGAGGUUUCCUUCCAGCGCACAGUUCUGCAGACAACCACAGCCGACGGACCCAACCCCACCUGGAAUGAAGAGCUGCAGCUUCCGUUCAGUGCUCCAAACGGGGACCACAGCACAUCCAACUUGCAGUCGCUCAAAGAUGAAGUUUUCAUUAACAUAUUUGAUGAAAUGGUGCACAAAACUGGGGUGAAUGAUAAAGAGAGGGGGCCGUCGAUUCAGAUUCAUGUAGAGAAGCACUGGUUAGGCUCCGUCAGGAUUCCUUUCAACACUAUUUACUCUCAGUCCAGCAUCGAUGGAACAUUUAAGGUGAACACCCCAGCUGUGCUGCUGGGUUACAGCAAGGAACCCAGUCACAGCGCAUACAGUGGCGACGAUUUUUUGCAAAGAGUAAGCGAAGGUGUGUACAUCACGCUCUUCAUCGCCAUCAAGCCUCAGCUGGUGCCUGAAGAGUCCAUUAUGGAGAAGAUAAAGGAGCUGGAGUUUGACAGUCAAGAGCACGAGCGCUUACUGCAGGCAGCCAAGACGUUUGAGACGAAAGCAGCCAAGCGUUACCCGGACCGCCGCUGCAUCACCACAGUCAUCGACCUUAACGGACAGACGGUCUUCAUCACGCGUUACAUUCGACCGCUCAACCCCCCACAGGAGUUCCUGGAUGCUUUCCCGAAUAACCCCCAGGAAGCCACAAUGCUGGUGGCCCGGUUUGUGUCCCUCAUCCCUUCUAUUUCUGGCAUCUAUGACCUGUGGACCACCUGCAAUCAAUUCCUCACUCUUCUAGCCGGAGAUGAGAAAGAACACGCUGUGUUGCUGUGCAACUACUUCCUGUCUUUGGGCAAGAAAGCCUGGCUAGUUAUAGGGACAGCCAUACCAGAGGGACCCACGGCGUAUGUCCUGACCCACGAACAGAGCCGCUACCUCAUCUGGAAUCCCAGCAGCGGUCAGCUCUAUGGACAAAAAGACCGCUUCUGUCCGCUGCAAGCCGUCGGUUGCCUGGUUGAUGCUGACAAUGUUUGGUUCAAUAUUCAAGAGUAUGCUUCCCCUAUGAGGAUGAGUUUCGAUGUCUCAAAAAGGAAGCUUUGGAAACCCUUUUUCUCUGAGUCCUUUCCCCAUCCCGGGUUGUCCAGCGUACAGCCUGAGGAGCUGGUGUAUAGUCGCACAGACGCAGCAGCGGCAGCCAAACUUCAGGACAGAAUUGAGAACAUUUUGAAGGAAAAGAUUAUGGAGUGGCGUCCCAGACACCCAACACGCUGGAACCGCUACUGCACAACCACCUUAAAGCGGUUCCUGCCCAAGCUGGAGCAGAGCAGAGGGCAGGACAUGGCUGAGGGCCACUGCCAUGAGCUCCAAAGGCUGCUGGGAAACUUCAGGAUCUCAGGAUUCCCUCUGCAUAUGCCCUUCUCUGAGAUCCAGCCACUCAUAGAGGCCGUGCACAGCACCGGCGUCCACAAUAUUCAAGGAUCCAACGUCGAGUUUGCCCUGGCCGUUUACGUGCACCCUUAUCCCAACAACAUUCUGUCUGUGUGGGUCUACUUGGCGUCACUCGUGCGCACUUGACGACUAGGACGAUCUCAUCCAGCUUUGAAGAUACAAGAAUUUUCUUUAAUUCAAACAAAACUUUAGUUUAUUCAAAUCCUUUUUGUACAUGUCUUCAUAACCUGUAUGUUUGAUAUAUAAGUCCCAAUGUAAAUCUUUUUGUACUUGAUCUCAUCUAAAAAUGUAUUUACUUCCCUGUUCAAGUAACCUGUCCUCCAUAAACUGCUUUAUUUACAAAAAACAGAAAAUGUCCAUUUUUCCAAUCUUAGUUCAGAUCUCUUAGUUCCCAAAAUCAAUGUUGCUUUUCCAUGCACUCCAAAGGGCAGUAAAAUGUUUCCAUGGAGGUCCAACCCUCUGGAUGAUAACAUGCUGGGGGAGCUUUCACCUUUCAGUGGAUGGGCGCUUCUGCUUUAUCGUUGUGCAGCUGUUUUUUGUGUUCUUGUUCUGAAGUUUUGCAUGAAACAAAAAAAUUAAAGAAAAGAUUUUGUUGUACAGGCAUAUUUAUGUGUAAAUGGAGCUCAUUCAACAGUGCAAUAUAAGAUCGUAUUGUACCUUAGUGU